AUGAAAGUCAUUGUCCAGGUGUGGGCCGUAUUUAACGACGCGCGCCGAUUCUGGCGCGUGAGCAACAAGUGGAGCCGCGUGCGAGGCGCCUCGGCGGAGGCCGGCGUGCACCCGUCCGCGCUGGAGCGCCCGCUGCCGCGCGCUGCCUCCGACACCACACCCGAGCCCGGCGCGAUCUGCCAUCGCUGGGCCGAAGUGGAGCCCGAGGCCGAGGAGCCCGGCUUCAGCCGCAGCGACUCCACCUCGUCCUCCGGCCAGUCCGAGUGCACGGAGGAGUUCCGCGCGCGCGCCAGCACGGACUCGCGCCUGCCGCCCCGCCCCGCGCGCCUCCGCCACCCGCCCCUCGUCGGGAACCCGCCGCCGGUCAGGCGCAUGAGCGUCGCUAUGAAGGGAAACAAUUCUAGUACUUAUUGAAGUUUGUAGUACACAGCUCUGACAGACGUAGGUACUCUGAUAGUGACUACCUAACAAAUACAAAUACUAAUAUUUUAUUAAUAACAAGAAGUUACAAGUUCAAACUUCAACAUUUAUUCAACAAAUAGGCCACAAGGGCACUUUUACACGUCAACAUUGAAUUUACAUACAUGCAAAAAUAAUAACAAUACAUCAACAAUUUUAUAUAAUACAACUAACUGUAACUACCAAUUCAAACUAACGUAUUACAAUUACUUAAAGAGUCGUGUUGGGAUAGUGGGUACAUCCUGUACAUUAUGUCUUGUAAAUUACGAUUAUAAAAUCACAAAUUGUAUAGGUAAUCCGCUACGGAACCUACGCUCCGAGCGUGCAAGCUCAACGCUGAUGCCGAUUGCCAUGGUGUUCUGCCUUUUCGCCGAAAGUUUUACUGUCCGAAUUUCACUUGCCAAAAAAUUUUUCGCAGGUGAUUUAUUUUGCCAACUAACAUUUGGCAAAUUUUCAUUACGUCUUACUUGGCUUAUUGUAUAGUAAAUUAUUAUUUCUCAAACAUGCAAUGAAAUUUCGUUACUAUACGUGCGUUAUUAACAGGCUUCGAAGUAUCACGGUUCAGGCGGAGCAACUCGAGAGAGCUGUAAAAGGAAUUUCAUACAAACAAUUAUAAUGUAAAUAUGGCGUCUGUGUCCAUGAACAGGCUAAACAGCUGAAUUAUAUUUAUUAUUUUUUGUCACUGAAUGGUUAUCGGACCAAAAAUAUCCGCGUGCCACGAAUAUUCGGCAACUAUUCGGUAUUCGGUAUAUUUUGCCACUUAGCCAAAUAUUCGGUAUUCGUCCGAAUAUAGGAAUUUCGCCUUACAUAGGAGUUUGUCAUGUCCAUGUAAUUUCGCCCAUCCUAGGUACAUAUAGUAUAAUAGUACCUACUUACUUUACUUUUAGUAAAAUCCCUCGAUACCUCCAAACAAUGAAUUGGUAUUGGUACCUACAUCACAUUACCAUCGCAUUUCUACCUAAGUAUAAUUUGGCAAAAAACCGAUUAACAUACCAAAGGAUUGUGUAAUAUGUUGUAGGUACUCGUAUGUAUAUUUUUAACGGCCUCCUAGCCUACCCAGCCUGCGAAGCAGGAGGUCCCGGGACUCCCGGGUUCGAAUCCUGGUAAGGGCAUUUAUUUGUGUGUUCUUCACAAAUAUUGGUUCCUGAGUUUUGGAUGUUUU